AUGGAUGCUUCUGAUGAUCAUGAGGGCGCAGCCGACAAGGAGUUGAACAAUAACGGUGAUUAUAACGAGCAAUAUGAAGAUUUGAAUGGAGAAUAUGAUGAAGAAUAUGAUAAUGGAGAUAAUUAUGAUUAUAAUGGAGAUAAUUAUGAUGAAGAAUGUUUUAAUGAUGAUUAUAAUGGAGAUUAUUAUGAUGAAGAAUGUUUUAAUGAUGAUUAUAAUGUAAAUUAUAAUGAUGAGCAAUUGAGUGGUGUUGGUGGCGAAGACGAUGUCAAGGAGGAGGAGGAGGAGAAAGAGGAAAGUUACGGUGAUGAUGGAUGGGAGGAAGGGUUUAGGAAAAAGUAUAAUGUGUAUCCUUUAUCUUGGAUUGAGAAAACACACUUGGAGGAAGGAAACAAAAUCAUUAUGCCACAGUCUGCUUUCGAGGAAUUGAUGAAUAAAGGAGUUGGAUUUCCGAUGCUAUUCAAGAUUGAAAACAUUAACAAUGGCAAAAUCUCCCACUGCGGCGUUUUGGAGUUUAGUAGCGAAGAAGGUGUUGUUGUGAUGCCUGAGUGGAUGAUGGAAAACAUGUCCUUAGAAGUAGGAGGUAUGAUCAAACUAGAAAAUCUUAAUCUUGAUAGGGCUACUUAUGUCAAGUUGCAGCCACAUAGUGUUGACUUUUUAAAUAUUCUAAAUCCUAAAGAUGUUCUUGAAGCUACCUUUACUUUUGGGUAUGCUUGUUUGACAGUUGGGGAUACUAUUCUGAUUAUGCAUCAGGGUAACAAGUUGUAUGUUGAUGUUGUUGAAGCUAUGCCAUCGAAUGCUGUUUGUGUCAUUGAAACUGAUCUUGAGGUCGAUUUUGCCUGUCCUUUGGACUAUAAACCACCAGAUAAACCAGUAUCUAAACCCAAGGAAUUGAAACAAGAAGAACCAUCAAUGUUUGUGCCCUUUACUGGUAGUUCAAGGAGGUUGAGGUUGAAUGAGACCAAAGAAUUAUCUGCUGCUAAUCCUGUGCUUAUUAAUCAUGUUGAUUCAUCAAAGAGCAACAACAAGAUUGUUUUUGGUGUUGGGACCACCACUAUAAUGUCAAAUAGAUCCACCAAGCCUGCAGACGCAAGUUUGGAACCAUCAAAUACAGGGAAGACAAUCAAACCAUUCACCGGGAACAAGUACAGAUUGAUGGAUUCAUGA